AAAUUUUCCUCUUCCCUCUCUCAUUUGCUGUGAGGGUGAGAGCUGCCUGAUUUCUGUCUCCAGUUCUGAGCAGUAGAAACCAGCCAACAGGAUGUCAGAUUUAAAGGAGCUAUGCAGUGGUUUACCUCUGGACCCUUUGCCACCUAACCGGGGAAGAGACCCCAAUGUGCCACAUGCACCCAUCCGCACCCCGAACCUCACAGCAGAGGAGGAGCGGUUGGCGUUGAGAAACGCGCUGCGUUAUUUUCCUCCCUCUCACCACGCAUCUCUCGCAGCUGAAUUUGCUCAAGAGCUGCGGCAGUAUGGACACAUCUACAUGUACCGCUUCUGCCCCAAGUUACGCAUGAGGGCAUACCCCAUAGAUCAGUACCCGUGCCGCACACGUCAGGCAGCCUCCAUAAUGUUGAUGAUCAUGAACAACCUGGACCCAGCUGUUGCUCAGUUUCCCCAGGAGCUUGUCACCUAUGGAGGCAACGGACAGGUGUUUAGUAACUGGGCCCAGUUACACCUGGUGUUGCAUUACCUGAGCGAGAUGACAGAGGAGCAAACUCUCGUCAUGUACAGCGGUCACCCCAUGGGCCUGUUUCCCAGCCUGCCCUCGUCACCUCGAGCCAUCAUCACCAACGGCAUGGUUGUUCCAAAUUACUCCUCCAGAGACCAGUAUGAGAAGAUGUUUGCUCUUGGAGUUUCAAUGUACGGUCAAAUGACAGCAGGCAGCUACUGCUACAUUGGACCUCAGGGGAUUGUUCAUGGCACAAUGCUGACGGUGUUGAACGCCGGCCGGAGGUACCUGGGCUCUGACGACUUGAGUGGGCGUGUCUUUGUGACCUCUGGGCUGGGGGGCAUGAGCGGAGCUCAGGCUAAAGCUGCCGUCAUCGCCGGCUGCAUUGGCGUGAUUGCCGAGGUGGAUGAGGCUCCUCUUAGAAAAAGACAUGAGCAGGGCUGGUUGAUGGAGGUCACCAGCAGCAUGGAGCACUGCAUUCAACGCAUCAGAGACGCCAAGAGCUCCAAGAAGCCCCUCAGUCUGGGUUACCAUGGCAACAUCGUAGACUUGUGGGAGAGACUUCAGCUGGAGUACGAGAGGACGGGGGAGCUGCUGGUCGAUCUGGGUUCGGACCAGACCUCCCUUCACAACCCAUUCAACGGAGGCUACUACCCAGUCCAGCUCAGCUUCCGUCAGGCAAACCAACUCAUGUCAACCGAUCCUCAGCGUUUCCGAACCAUGGUCCAUGAAAGCCUCAAGAGACAAAUAAAGGCAAUCAAUAAGCUUUCUGAUGCUGGCAUGUUCUUCUGGGACUAUGGCAACGCUUUCCUCCUGGAGGCAAAAAGAGCUGGCGCAGAGGUAGAAAAGGUUGGAGGUGGAGCGACAGAGUUUAUUUACCCUUCUUAUGUUCAGCACAUUAUGGGAGACAUCUUCUCUUUGGGCUUCGGCCCGUUUCGCUGGGUGUGCACAUCUGGCGACGCCCAGGAUCUCGUCGUAACAGAUGACAUCGCUGCUACCGUCUUGGAGGAUAUUAGUGCCAACGUGACUGAUCAGAUCAGGCAGCAGUACAACGACAACAUCCGCUGGAUCAGAGAAGCUGGCAAACACAAAAUGGUCGUGGGAUCACAAGCCAGAAUCCUCUACUCUGACCAGAGAGGAAGAGUCGCGAUUGCUCUAGCGAUCAACCAGGCUAUCGCUGAUGAAAGAGUUUCAGCUCCUGUGGUUAUCAGUAGAGACCAUCAUGACGUCAGUGGCACGGACAGCCCCUUCAGAGAGACCUCUAACGUUUAUGACGGAUCUGCCUUCUGUGCAGACAUGGCUGUCCAGAACUUUGUUGGUGAUGCAUUCCGAGGCGCCACAUGGGUCGCGCUGCACAACGGUGGUGGGGUUGGAUGGGGUGAAGUAAUGAAUGGAGGCUUUGGCUUGCUGCUGGACGGCUCGGAGGAUGCGGCAAAGCGUGCCAGUCUGAUGCUGAACUGGGAUGUCUCAAAUGGGGUGGCUCGUCGCUGCUGGUCUGGAAACUCCAACGCCUACGAGACCAUCCAACGCACCAUGGAGGAGAACAGUCAGCUGCGUGUCACCAUGCCCUUUCCUGUGCAGGAUGAGCUUGUGUUGGACCGUGCCCUGCAGGCCUAGCUAACACUUCAGCACAGGAUACCAGUCAUCGGAAGCCACAGAGCAAAGGAGUACAGCUGUAAUCACAUCAUCACAUGUUUUCAUGUUAUUCAAUCAGUUUUGUCUCAUACUACAGACAAUCAGAAAUCACCAACAAAAAUGUCACUUAUAACCUGCAAAUUUUCUGCCAGUCCUAUAGUAGUUAAUAAAGCAAUGACAAUGUCACACAAGUAGUUUGCUGUGAAUACAGAUAAUGUCUAACAGGAUACAAUAUUGUGCUCGCUGUUUUAAUCAUUUAAUGUAUAAGGAUGUAUUCUUUAUAUUUUGUGUUGAUAAUUAAACUGCAAGUCUUUAUAAAUUAUAAA